GACAAAAGACACAAGUUUUUUUUUUCAUUUGUUUGGAUGUGAUUGUGAUCAUACGUUUGAUAUUUCUUGAUAUAAAAAGUUUAGAAAAAAUUACCAAAAAAGUGCAUCAUUUUAGUGAACGACAUAAAGAAAUAUGAUGGAACGGUUAUCGGACGAUGCGGAGAACAUUCAAAGGCUGUUGCCUUGGAUUGGCAACAAGGAAGAUAUAGUAAACUUCAUACGAAAGAUUCCAAUAGAUCACAGUCACUUAAGAAUUCCGUUAUCAAUAAGUUACUUUUUUAAACUCAGGGAUCAAAGUGAAGAAAAUUACGAGCAAAAUAUAGAAAAUGAUGCCAGAGAAAUUGUGAUAUUAUUACCAGAUACACCAUAUAAUUUAAUAAAAAGUCGCCUUAAGGAUUUGGGUAAUAUUCCCAAUCGAAAAGAAGUGUUAGUUAAGCAAUUAAUAAGUGAACGAUCAGAACUAAAGUGGAUACUACAAGAAAUAGACUUAAAUGGUGUUAGAAAACGAAGUAAUGAGAAUCUUGUUGCACUGGAUAACCAGCAAGACAACGAAACUAAUAUCAAAAUAAAAAUUCGUAAAAUAGAUGGAUCCUUAGAGGUAGUAUCUAGUAUUAAACAAGAAAUUUUACCAAGUUCAAAGAAAAUUAAUGGUUCUCCUGAAUUAUUAAGGCAAAGGUCGUUAGAAGGAGACACAGCGUCCGCCAGCACCUCAAAUCACUUACCGGAACUUACCUCAAAUCACUUACCGGAACUUAUAGUGUCAAAUUCCACUCAACCAACCUCUUCCGACAGCAACAAUUGGUCACAUUUUGCCUAUUUAAACGGACAAUUAUCAUCUACUUCAAAAGUAUCCGAAAUCAACAUGCAAACCGAUGCUCCCAGCGAAGUGCCUACAACCUUUAACCUCGUAGAAUAUUUGAAGGACGUGUCUCAAUGUUCCGAAGAAAAAAUCCACCACGUGUGCAAGAAUUUGUGCGUUUCUACCUCGAAGAGACCGCCCGAUAGCACGUUGAAUUUGAUACUUAACAGAUUAAUCGAUGAGAGUGUGAUAGAAUUGGACGAUAGCGAUGUUGGGACGGAUUCCAGUUUAGGGUCAUCCAAUGAAGACUUAUACAACGUCACUUUUCCGAAACCGAUGAACAACGAAGUUGUUAUAACCAAAGAUAAUGUUUCUAAAGUUGUUUUUCCGAAACCAAUACUCAGGCCUGCUACUUUGCUAGCUGGUAGUUCGAAUGGAAAUAACGCAGCUCCUUCUAGACCUGUCCACCAUCAGAACAUCAUUCAACCGGCUAGAUUGAAUAUCGGCAAUGCCAAGAGGACAAAUACAUUUUUGGACGUAGAAGACUUUUUCAACAAUAUCAAGGAAAGGAACAAUAAUGAAGAUCAAGCCAGCGCUUCAUCGUCGAGCGUAAAAGAGGAAACGAAAGAUCCAUGGUACGUUUACGAUAUCCCGCCAUUAUACCCAAAUGAUUUCGGGGAAAUCCACCAUCCGGAAGGAUCUAAAGAAACGGUACCGCCACCAGUCGAUCCACCGGUACCAGUCGCUCCAACAGGACUAGUUGUUCCGAAAGAAACACUGAUCAACCUCAUAAAUCAAGAAGAAGUUGUAAAUGCACCGGAAGAGGCGCAAGUACAACCAGGACCUUCUAAGGUCCAAAGAUCUCCUAAGCAGCUUCCAUAUGACGAAAAUUUGGUCUUGAGGAUAAUAGAGAUGUUUCCCCAAGCUUGUCCGGAUUACAUCAGGGGUAUUUGUCGCGGCAAAAGCUUUCAACAGCUGGACGAUGUCGUUACUGUUAUUUUAUCGGAAGAAUCAUAUCCCCAACGUCCUCAGAAAUCUGCAAGUCCGGCUAGGGAGUACGAUAUAGAAGAUCAGUUAGAAAUUGUGAAAGCUCUACUACCGGAUGCCGAUCCCACAUACCUCAGAUGGAAAUGCGAAAGUAUUGGCAACAACUCGGACCAGCUGAACGAGUUCAUCAAUGAAGCUAGAGAAUCAAAAAGCUAUCCAACUAAGAAGGAGUAUCUGAGGAAGCAGAAAUUGUCCGCACAAUCUAGGCAGUACACCAGCGAAUUCAGCGUCGAAAAAUUCGUGGAGCUGUUCCCCGAUCCUGAAAAAACUUUUAGGGACCCGACGAGGAGUUAUGCAGUUGAAGGUUACGCACAUUUGUACAUUUGCACCUUUUUCCAAAACAGAUACGACAAGCUAGCUAUCAAAUAUGUCAGAUCUAUUUUGUCGGAAAAUAAGAAUAGGAUUCUGUUUUGCGACGACGUUAUGAAGGAUUAUAUCAAGAGGGGAUUGGUGAUUAAAACCCGCAGGAAACAAGUAAUUCUUCAGGAUCCCCCGCAAAACAUCGCUGUUUUGCAGGAAUUAGCGUACGUUGCCCACAAAGAGGAGAUAGAAAAUUACAUAAAAGAGACCAAAGAAAAGGAGGAAAAUGAGAAGAGGUUGGCGAAGGAGAAUGGAUUGCUAAACACGUGUCAGUGUUGUUAUGACGAUGAAGUGAUGCCGAAAGAUACUUUCUAUUGUCCGAAGGAUUGCACGUUCUGCAAGAGUUGCAUUCAGAAGAGCUGCGAAGUUACUCUUGGUGACGGGAAAACUGAUUUUAAGUGCCUGAACCACUGCACGGAGGAAUUUUCGUUGCUUACUUUGCAAAAGGUUUUGCCGCCGAAAAUGUUCUCCAAAUUGGCUCAAAAGAAAGCCCUGGCCGAGGUGAAAGCGGCUGGCAUCGAAGAGCUGGAAUCCUGUCCGUUUUGUGAUUUCGCCAGCAUCCCCAACAUCAGCGACAAGAUUUUUAGAUGCUUGAAUCCUGAUUGCAUGAAAGAGUCUUGUAGAUUGUGCAAAGAGGAAAACCACGUGCCGUACAAAUGCGACGAGGUGGAAAAGGAUGAGGACGUCAAGGCUCGCGUGUUCGUCGAAAACCAAAUGACCGAGGCGCUAUUAAGGAAAUGUUGGAAAUGCGACAAGAGCUUCUUCAAGGAGGAAGGUUGCAACAAGAUGACUUGCACGUGCGGCGCCCGGAUGUGUUACAUUUGUAAGCAGCCCGUCACGGAUUACACGCACUUCAACGGCAUCGGUGGCGACAAGUUCAACCUUUGUCCAUUAUACAGCGACACCAACGAGUUCAAUCAGAAGAACGUCAUUGCGGCGGCCACCGAGGCCAAGGCCAAAGUGGAUCCGACCAAAUUGAAGAUCGACCCGAGUUUGGACGUCCAAGAACAUUACGAAACAAGAAAAAAGCAACUACCGCCCGAGCCGCAUAUACGACUAUUGGAAGAUAUGCGCCAGCAACAAAACCAACUCAUCCAUCAACAUCAACUUCAUCCACAACAUCAUCAUCCACAACAUCAUCGUCAUCAACACCAUCGUCACCAAAUGGUCGCACAGCAGCGACCUGCUCAAAGAGCCGCGCAACGGGUAGCGAAUCACAGACAUAUCGUGCGUCACAGAGGCGCCGACGACGAUCUGGCGCGUCAAUUAGGAUUAGGAAUCGCUCGGCUAGAGCGGUUAGCAGCGAGAUUGCCCGCACGUGCUCCCCCGCAGAACCAAUGACAUACAGUUACUUCGAGUCGUUUUAAGUUUUGUACAUUUUUGAUACGUUGUUCGUUAUAUUUUGUUGUCUUGCGGUUGUUAAAGAGCCGUUUACAGUCGAGUUCGAGUUGUUUAAAGUUACGUUGAUUCCGUGUUUGAUGUCGAAGGUCGACAGAUGGCGCCAUUGUCGAAAAUAUGAAGUUGGAUCAAAUAUAAACUGGAAUUAUCUUUUAUGGAUGUGGUUGUGAUACCAGAAAAGUGUACUGGAACGCUUUAACGGUAAUUCUUCUAUCUAUUGGCAUUACGGCCCUUGGUCGUCCCAAACAUUUUCCUCCAUUCGUGACUAUCAAACUUGUGAUUUUUCCAUGGUUUAAUUCCCACUUUAUGUACAUCUUUGUCCAGAUUCUUUCCAUCUCUUACUGGGUAUUAGUUAAAAAAUUACUGUUUUAUAUUUGAUCCAUCUAAAUCACUGUAUCCAACAGGUUUAUGAAUUAUAAAAAAAAUCCUACUUAAGCGCCGUUUAUAUUUUUGCGCCUUCUCGUUUACCGUCUACUCCAAAAAUAUUUUAUUGUCUGAUACAAUAUUUCUAAUCGGUCUUUCCUUUAAAGCUGAUUUUACUGCUAGUUUCCGUUGAAUUUACCGAUUUUUUUUGGAAAUAGAAAACAACUGGCGGAAAAACGAUGAGUGUGCAAAAUUUACGAAAAUCGAAAUACAUGGCGCAAUCUGUAGGUAUUUGUAUGUACUAUUACGCCUAGUAAACAUUUACAGGAGGGGUUUGCCAUAUAUAGCUAAAUAUAUUUUUAGUCAGUUGCGGGAAAAACUAUGAGUGUACCCGGUGUUUGAUGAAUUAUAGAUGAACGUGACUUUGUAUUGAAACCAUGGCCGUCUCUGUAAAAAAGCCAACAUCGCAUAAAUACCUCUGCCAAUACUAAAAGGGAAAAACAAGAAUCUAUUUUUUAUGAUAAUCUGUUCUAUUUCAAUAAUUUCCAAAAAUGCAUCAUAAAAAUUUUUUGGUACUGAUUUAAAUAAAAAAAACUUUGUGCCUAUUCUUGUUGGUAAUUACUAAAACAUGAGACCGUAAAUACUAAGUUCAGAAUAUAUUUUUUACCAUUUCCAUCAGACAGUGACCUAAAUUUAAAAAUCCGAUUUUCUUCAGUUUAAAUUUUAUGCACAAUUAUCGUUCUUUCCUCCUAAAAUCAAAAGCAAAAUAUUUUUUUUUUUUUUUAACCACUAUUGUUAAUUACUUAAACACGAUGCUGCACUGCUGUAUAUACUAAGUUAAGAUUAUAUUUACAGAGACAGUGCUUGAAAGUUUUUGCACUUUCAUCGUUCUUCCCGCCAGCUCCUCAACUACUUCUAACUAUGCACAUUUGAGAUGUAUACAACUUGAUCUUUACAAGGUUUUUUAACAUUAGACUUGCAUUUUGGUCCGUGAGCAAUUUUCAUAUUCUAAAUUCUGUUUUUUUAAUAUUUUUCCUGUAAAGGGAUCUCCCUGAAUAAAAAAUUUUUGUAGGUGUGUUUUAUUCAGUUUACAUUUCAGAUUUCUUUAAAAAGUAACUGUUUUUUUUUAAUCUUGCAGCUGUUGGGCCGAAAGAAAUAUUGGAACAG